AAAAUGUUUAAUAUCAGUACGUCAGUUGAAACACUCGAAAUGUUUCAAAAUCUAUUAAUACAAACAAGCGAAUUACUUCCUGAAAACACUGCACAAAUUCAUGAAGCUUUCAAAUCUUACUUGGAAACAUUAACAACGUCCGAUUAUGGUACCCUUUUCGUCAUUUUCUUGUUGCUUUAUGUUCUUUUUUCCAUCGUUAGCAUGAUUGUUCGUUGGUUACUUGGAACAGUUGUUGGAAUGAUAAGAUUUGGAAUAUAUAUUGCAACAGCCAUUAUUUUAUAUUGGCUGUAUGUUUCCAUUAACAUUGACGUGGAAAAGGGCAAUGAAGAGUUAAGAGUAGCCGGAGAGAAAUUGGUAAAGGGAGCUCAGGAAUUUGUGCAUCGUGAUCUAUGAUAGUCAAUUGAUGAGAAUUAAUAAAUAUUAUUUGACUUCGAUAGCACGUUACAAUUUCAAUUUAGUAGCAAAUUACGAGAAAACUUUACAAUAUUAGCAAAUAUGAUAGUUUAUUACAUUAAAUUCUUAAAAUGUAUAGACAUGUUUGUUUCUU